AUGUCUGUCCUCUACACGGUCACUUCCUUCAAGAAUUCGCCAUAUGGAUACACCCCCACAGAGUGGCUAUGCAUCCUUUUCAUUGUUCUAUUCGGUGUGACUUCUUUGAUCCACACCGUUCAAGCAAUAUAUUCUCGUUUAUGGUGGCUCAUCGUUACCGCAUCUAUGUGUGGAAUAUUAGAGAUCCUUGGCUGGUGUGGGAGGCUGUGGUCGAGUAUUAACGUGGAUCUGCUGGCUCCAUAUAUCAUGCAAAUGACGACAACCAUCAUAGCCCCGACACCCUUAAUUGCAGCCAAUUUUGUGAUCCUAGGACAAAUCAUUCGCAGAUUAGGACCAUGCUACAGUCGCCUGAGUCCCAUGUGGUACACAACCGUAUUUAUCAGCUGUGACAUCGUCGCCCUUGUCAUACAAGCAGUCGGUGGUGCAACAGCGGCUACAGCCGUCCAGAACGCCAACAACCCCAAGACUGGUGGGUAUAUUAUGCUGGCCGGUAUUGCAUUCCAGUUUGCGGCAAUUACGUUCUAUAUGGUCCUGGCUUCUGAGUUCGUCAUACGAUGCGCGUACAGCAAGCCGCUUCGCGCGACUGGCAUGCCUCUAGGAGACUAUAGAAUGGACAAGAAGACGAAACUGAUGCUUCUCAGCUUGGCCACUAGCAGUAUAUUCAUCUACUUCCGAUCAAUUUAUAGGACAAUAGAAUUGUCGAAUGGAUGGAGUGGCACAAUCAUACACACACAGGUCUAUUUCAAUGUCUUCGAUGGAACCAUGAUUACUCUAGCGAUGUUCACCCUCAACUUCCUUCAUCCUGCUUUCCUGCUCGGGCCCGCACAAACAUGGAGAGAAGCUAUCUCUCCGCCUAGGAAAGAGGAUGACGAAGGGGAAGAUAAGAUCAAGGAGGAGUAUAGAUUAUCAGAACGUUCCUCUGUGUGUGCGGCAUAG